CUGGUUUCUUUCUAACCACACAUUUGAACGGCUACUUGACCGCGAUGGACUCACCAAAACGCACGGGCUCGCCGUCGUCGACAUCAGAUGCAAAACGAAUCAAGCUUACAGUUCCUCAGAAAAGUCAAGGUGCUUCGCCUGUGGAGCCUGAGUCCGCUCCGGGAAAGCGCAGCGAACUUGACCCAAUUCAAGCCGGAGAUAUAGGCAACCUUCCACCUGACACUGGCGACCCUACAUCAGCAGAGAAUGGCUCCGGUGUGAUUAGGGUGCUGAAGGAGGGAGACGGAGAUGAAGACGCCGGAGACGUAUCAAUGGGGGAAGCAGCUGAUGAAGAAGCUGAGUCCGGAGACGACAACGAUGAUGAAGACCCUGCACAACUAGAGGCCACUCGCUUGCGACUGGAGGACCAGGCGAGAAAGUACCUCGCCGCGCAGACACACGAUGUUAUUAUUCCGUCAUACUCUGCAUGGUUUGACAUGUCCAAGAUUCACCCCGUCGAACGACGCGCGCUCCCAGAGUUUUUCAACUCAAGAAACCGCUCAAAAACGCCCUCUAUAUACAAAGAUUACCGCGACUUUAUGAUUAAUACGUAUCGUCUCCGGCCGACAGAGUACUUGACUGUCACCGCAUGCCGGAGAAACUUGGCAGGCGACGUGUGCGCGAUAAUGCGCGUGCAUGCAUUCCUGGAGCAAUGGGGUUUGAUCAACUAUCAGAUCGACCCAGAAGCGCGACCAGCCGCGCUUGCACCACCUUUCACCGGUCAUUUCCGCGUCAUCCUCGACACGCCUCGGGGCAUGCAGUCAUUGCACCCCGGGACUCGACCUACUAUCACGCAUCCAGCAGCAGCAAUGAACGGUGCCCCGAAGCCAAUACAACAACACAGCGGCUCCGGUUUGGCGUCACUUGAGCUGCGGAAUUCGAUCUACCAGACGACAUCCAAAGCAUCACGUGCGGUAACUUCUACCGAGGCGAAUGCACUCGCGAACGGUGUGUCGUCGAAAGGAAACAUGUCGUACCAGUGCGACACAUGUGGGACAGACUGCACCGCACUGCGGUAUCACUCGUUGAAAGUGAAAGACUUCGAGCUGUGUGGUCCGUGCUAUCUCGACGGGCGUUUCCCGUCGACGAUGUUUAGCGGGGACUUUGUUAAACUCACAUCUAGUCCGCCUGGUGUAAGCCAUGGCGGGACCGACGACGACUGGACAGACCAGGAGAUACUCCUGUUACUGGAAGGUAUCGAGAUGUUCGAUGAUGACUGGAGCGCAAUCGAAGACCAUGUGGGGACGCGUACGUCUCAGCAGUGUAUCAGGAAAUUCCUGGCUCUGCCAAUUGAAGACCCGUACAUCGCCUCGGAAGGUGACACGGGCCCAUUAAGGUUUGGGCGGAUCCCUUUCGAACAGGCAGAUAACCCUGUGAUGAGCGUGGUCGCCUUUCUUGCCGGUGUUGUUGGUUCGGGGGUCGCCGCUGAAGCGGCAAAGACAGCCAUGCACGCUUUGACAGACGACGCCCCAAGGGAAGGCACGGAGAACACACUUGACGAGAAAGGAGAGUCUAGUGACCAAAAGGGUGCGGAAGGUGACACUGCCAUGGACGAGGAUGCUCCCGAUGCAUCUACAGGAGCAAACGCUAAGCCGGAGACCAACACUCUAUCAAAUACAGAAGGGGCAGAAGACGUAUCCGCCGACACCACAAAACCUGCGAAGCUGCAAUCCAAAUUACCGCAGUCGCACAUCGUGCGCGCCGCUCAGCUUGCUCUCAAGUCCUCUGCAAAAGCUGCCCAGAACCUAGCAGACGCUGAAGACGUACAUAUUCGCUCGACUCUCUCGUCGCUCAUCAAACUCACGCUCACGAAACUCGAGCUUAAAACGUCUCAAUUUGAGGAAUUGGAAGAGGUCUUGGAAGAAGAAAGGAAAGGUCUUGAGAGCGCCCGGAUGGCCCUUGUGAAUGAGCGCGUUAACCUCAAGCGUAUGCUUGAUGGUGUGAGGAGUGAACUGGCGAAGAACGGUCGGACAUCCAUCCCUCCUACCAAUUUAGGUACCACGGGUCAGGGGACGAUUGCGACUGAGGUAUCGUCCAGCACUCCGCUGGAAGGGGAUGCAGGGCCUCGGAAUGACGGAGAGUUCGCUCAGCUAGCGUGAUGGAAUAGUAGGGUAUGUUGAUUAUAUUCGUUCGCGUGUUUGACGCAGUUCUGUGGUCCCUUUACGUAGCUUUCGUCUGUCUCUUAAGUGUAUACUAAUUAUUUUCUGAUGCAACUCUGAUGCCUGAGCUGAAGUUCAUUGUGAUCGUCACGGUCGUGUUCGAGUCCUCCGGUGCAAGGGGUCGCGAGGUGGG